AUGGCCAAAGGAGAGGGCGCCGAGAGCGGCUCCGCCACGGGGCUGCUGCCUCCAAGCAUCCUCCAAGCGGGGGAGCGCCAGGCCCAGGAGAAGAAGGAACCAAAGAAGAAGCAGCAGUUGUCCAUCUGCAACAAGCUUUGCUAUGCAGUUGGGGGGGCCCCCUACCAGAUGACGGGCUGCGCCCUGGGGUUCUUUCUCCAGAUCUACCUGCUGGAUGUGGCUCAGGUGGACCCGUUCUCUGCCUCUAUCAUCCUCUUCGUGGGCCGAGCUUGGGAUGCCUUCACAGACCCCCUGGUGGGCUUCUGCAUUAGCAAAUCCUCCUGGACCCGGCUGGGCCGGCUUAUGCCCUGGAUCAUCUUCUCCACGCCCCUGGCCAUCAUUGCCUACUUCCUCAUAUGGUUCGUGCCUGACUUCUCCCAGGGCCAGGUCCUAUGGCACCUGCUUUUCUAUUGCCUCUUUGAGACACUAGUCACGUGUUUCCACGUUCCCUACUCAGCUCUCACCAUGUUCAUCAGCACAGAACAGAGUGAGCGGGAUUCGGCCACUGCUUACCGGAUGACUGUGGAGGUCCUGGGCACAGUGCUGGGCACAGCGAUCCAAGGGCAAAUCGUAGGCCAAGCAAACACGCCUUGUCUUGAGGACCCCAAAGACUUAGCAGUGGCCACGGAAGAUGCCAAUCUUACACACAGCGCCACCUCACUCAGAGAAACGAAAAAUGCAUACCUGCUGGCGGCAGGGGCCAUAGCCUCCAUCUAUGUCUUCUGCGCUAUCAUCCUGGUCCUCGGCGUGAGGGAGCAGAGAGAACCCUACGAGGCUCAGCAGGCUGAGUCAAUGCCCUUCUUUCGGGGCCUCCGACUGGUCAUGAGCCAUGGCCCAUAUAUUAAGCUUAUUGCUGGCUUCCUCUUCACCUCCCUGGCUUUCAUGCUGGUGGAGGGGAACUUCGCCUUGUUUUGCACCUACACCUUGGGCUUCCGAAACGAAUUCCAGAAUCUGCUCCUGGCCAUCAUGCUCUCGGCCACAUUCACCAUUCCCUUCUGGCAGUGGUUCCUAACCCGGUUUGGCAAGAAGACGGCCGUGUACAUUGGGAUCUCAUCGGCGGUGCCAUUUCUCAUCCUGGUGGCCCUCAUAGAGAGUAACCUGAUUGUCACGUAUGUGGUGGCUGUGGCAGCCGGCAUCAGUGUAGCUGCUGCCUUCUUACUACCCUGGUCCAUGCUGCCCGAUGUCAUUGACGACUUCCACUUGAAGCAGCCCCAUUCCCACGGAACUGAGCCCAUCUUCUUCUCCUUCUAUGUCUUCUUCACCAAGUUCGCCUCCGGGGUCUCCCUGGGCAUCUCUACCCUCAGUCUUGACUUUGCCGGGUACCAGACGCGUGUCUGCUCCCAGCCAGCACCUGUCAAGUUUACAUUGAAGAUGCUGGUGACAAUGGCUCCCAUCGUCCUCAUCCUGCUAGGCCUGCUGCUCUUUGAGCUGUACCCCAUUGAUGAGGAGAAGCGGCGGCAGAACAAGAAGGCCCUCCAGGCUCUGAGGGAAGAGGCUAGCAGCUCAGGCUGCUCUGAUACAGACUCUACAGAGUUGGCUAGCAUCCUCUAG